UAUGCCAUCAAAAGAAGGUUAUAACGUGUUAUUCCAAGCAAAUUAAAACCAUUUAAUUAGUAUAAAUAUAGUGUAAAUUACGCGGGAAAAUAUAGUACUUCAUAUUAUAACAGUUGAAUAAUUUUUUUAAUGUGAACUUUAUUUUACAAAUAAUUAUUAUUAUUAUAUUUUCAUAAAUAUUAGUUUAUUUUAUAGUUAAGCUAACAGUUAACACGAAUUCGUUGAAAUAUGUUGAAGUUUUUUACUUGUUUCGUUUUUAUAGAAUUAUUGAUAUCGACUAUGGUUUAUGGGUCGAGCUUAUGUGGUCUGAGAAAAUGCGGUAGGCCAUCAUUUUGUCAACAGCCUUUAAUGUGUUACCAGGAUCAAUCACGACCAUGUCCUGUACAAGUUUCAGUACAAUGCCCUCCUACUUGUCCACCAACUUGUCCAUUUCCUAGUCUACCAUCAUGCCCAUCAUCUUGUCCAUCCCCAUGCCCAUCAUCUUGUCCACCACCAUGCCCAUCAUCUUGUCCACCACCAUGCCUACCGUCAUGUCCACCUCAACAAGUCAAAUUAAUAUGUUAUCCGUCAUGUCCUAAAUGCUGUUCAACUUACCAAUGUACAUGUCCAUCAAACUGUCAAUCGUCAAGUUGUCCAAAAUGUAAGGAAAAUUAUUAUUUAUCAUUUCCAAUAACUCAAGAUUGCACAUGCGACUGUCCGGAUGCAUGUGAUUGCAAUUGUAAAAAAUAACUAUUGAAUAACUCGAGUAUUUAUAAAUCCUUUCAACUUGGAAUUUGACAAAUUCAACUGUAAUAAUUAGUCCAAUGCGAAUAAUUUAGCAAAUUAGUUACGAUGUAUUAGUUGAUAUUACAAGAUAAUAUCAUCAACAAAUGGUCGAAUGUUACUUCUUAUUAUUAGAAUAAAAUUAGUCGGAAGUUAAAUCCUAACGAAUAUUUGAUUAAA